AUGGAGGUUCUUGGUGCCGUAGCCAGCUCCAUCGCCGUUGUGCAGGCGUUGGCAGCUGGGAAGCAUGCCAUCUCUAUUUUUCGAGAGAUUCCGGAUAUUCAAAAAGACUUUGACUAUCUGAUGAAGGAGUUGGAGAUGAUCAAAUCUAUGGCCCAAGCUGUCUCGAGAAUGGCUCCUGCCGAAAUGGAACAAGUACUCAUCAACACUGCGGCUCGAAACCUUAAUGGGAUCACCGCAGAACUCGAAGCGUUAUUACGUAUAUGUUCUCGCGAGAGUGGUCCAGAGGGGAACAAGAUGAGCAAGACAAAGAAGAGAAAGUGGCUUGUAGAGAAAAGCGACAUCAAGAAGCUCCAGCAGAGGAUGAAUCAAGCCAAGGAAACCCUUCACUUUGCUCUGAACUCGUCGCGGGCAUUCAACGAUAUUUGGUGA